CUUGUGACAUGAGUGCCAUUCGGAGAGUGUCGUCAGGCCAAUGGUUGUUCCGGAAUUCAUCUGUCGACGGCAUCUCGCGAACGGGUUAUGACAUGAAUGCCGUCCGGAGGGUAUCAGCAGGCCACCGGCUGUUUCGAAAUUCGUCCGUUGACGGCAUUUCAGGAACGGUGUGCGCUCUGAGUACAGCGAAUAGUGGCCGCGACAUCGUAGUACCGGACUUUCAUGACGGACGAACUGCGUACGAAUGGAAAAGCUCCUGGGCUCUCCUGCGCUCCUUGGUCGUACUCAAACUCUGCUCUGUAAACUUUCUGGUCGACAAUCAUGCCAAGUUGAAUAGUUGGGGUCAGCAGAUGUUACCUCAAUGGCUGUUCAGUAAACUGAUGAAGAUGACCUUCUAUGGUCAUUUCGUAGCAGGUGAAGAUCUUCGUGAGGUCAUAUUGGUGCGCGAUCAGUACCAAAAGUUGGGCAUCAGGUCUAUUUUGGACUACUCGGUGGAAGAAGAUCUACCAUCAGAGACGAUAAAAAAAUCCAUGGGGGAGAAUGUCGAAAUCGAAGAAAGUGUGGUUGACUCUGACAUUAAGCGGUAUAAGGGAUACGAAGAGUUUGCCGAUCGAAGGAGUCCUCCUCCGAGCGCUCGUUCGUACUUUUAUGAAGGAGAAGACAAAUGCAAUGAGAACGUCAACAUCUUUCUUCAGUGUAUAGAUGCCUCGGUGUGUGAGGAUGGCAGUGGUAUUGCUUGUGUCAAAGUAACAGCUCUCGGUGAGCUGCAAAUUCUUAGGCACGUGUCUUCAAAGAUGUACUCGCUAACAAAGAAACAAGGUCAUCAUCGUAACAUACUCGACGUGUUGUCUGACCAAGAACAAAGACAAGUUCAGAAAAUUGUCGAUCGCAUGGAAAAAUUAUCAGAGCGAGCAGUAAGCUCAGGAGUCAGAGUUAUGUAUGAUGCCGAGCAGACAUACUUCCAGUCGGCAAUUCGGUGGCUCGUUCUUCAGCAAAUGGAGAAGUACAAUACAGAGAAACCGAUCAUCUACUCGACAUACCAGUGCUACCUCAGAGACUCAGAGCAAAUGAUUACCGAGGAUACACAAUUGGCUGAAGAACGGGGCUUUCACUUUGCUGCUAAGUUUGUGCGGGGUGCAUACAUGGUACAAGAAAUAGCCAGGGCAAACAAGGUCAAGUAUCGCAACCCGAUUCACAAGACAUAUAACGAUACAGAGAUCAGCUACCACACAAAUAUUCAGCAUGCAUUGAAUCUCGUGAAAACGGGGCGAUGUAGUCUGAUUGUUGCUUCGCACAAUGAGCGUACGGUCAACUUUGUGCUGGCAAGUAUGGCUAAAAUGGGUAUCUACCCCGACAGUCCACACGUGUGUUUUGCUCAACUUCUUGGAAUGUCAGACCACAUCUCGUAUUUACUGGGAAAACAUGGCUAUUAUGUAUACAAGUACAUGCCAUAUGGUCCAGUCGCAGAUGUCAUGCCCUACCUGGGCAGACGUGCAGAGGAAAACAGGAGUGUCAUGGAGGGAACCGUUGGAGAGCGGGAGCUAAUGACCUCUGAAUUGAAGCGACGCUGGCUUCGAAAAUCGUGAAGUUACAUUGAUCUCUUUUAUGAGUAACAAUACACUCUCUCUAUUAUCAUUGGUUACACAGACAGCAGCUUUGCUGAUUGUCACCAUAGUAGCUGCACUGACACAAAACAAGGAGAAAAUGCGCCGCAGGUCAUAGGUUAAGCCACGUCUGAGCUCAGAACCAGGCAAUGAAGUUGUGUAACAACUCUAGUAUGCAGACUAAUUGUGUGAGACUUUACUAGUUUGUAUUAGUAGCGUAUAGAAAUAUAAAGUCUUUGGUUGUGCGUCUUCUCUGAAUUAGUGUUUGAUUGGGGACAUACUCAUACAGCUGUUUCUGAGAUAUUCAUUGUCAGGGGUGGAUCCAAAAACAUUUGGUGAGUGUCCCAACUUUCACAAGAUUUCAAAGGGCUUACCUACUGAU